GCUCAGCACAUGUUGUAUGUAAUGAGAAAAUGCAAACUUUAAAUUGAUUUUUCAAUGCUCAGUUUAUCAAGACUCAUCACACUAAUAGCAGAAUGUGGCAACAGCUGUUAUGUUUGGUGGUGACCUGCAACUACAACAACAAGAUCUUUCCACCAAGAUCUUUACUUCAGAAAAUGAGUGGCAAUGACAAGUUUGAAGGCUUUAUACCAGACAUGAUGAAAGAAAUGACCAAAAUACUGGGCAUUGAAUUUUCCAUCAAUGUUGUAAAAGAUGCACGAUAUGGACUAUGUAAUAAUGGUAAUUGCACUGGCAUGAUCGGAGAGAUUCUCAGAGGAGAAGCAGAGUUGGCAAUUGCUGAUCUGACAGUGGCACCAAAACGUGUUCUAACUGUUGACUUCACACAACCUUUUAUGACUGGGGGAGUUACUGUUCUUGUGAACAAUCCUGACCCUAACCUGAACACACUUGAAGAUCUUCUUGAACAUGGAUACAGUUUUCUAUGUGUUGGAGGUGGAUCCACUGAAAACUUCUUAAAAUCUAGCAGAGUUAGCAUUCAUGAGAAAAUCGCCAAUUCACUGGAGACCAUCACAAACUUCAAUGAAGGAUUUGAAAGGGUCUUGAAAUCUGGUGAAAAGAUAGCUGUUCUGGCUGAAUUAAGUACUGCUAAAUACCAUGCUUCCGAACACUGCAGUUUGAAAAUAAUUGGUGAACCCCUGAACUCUGUAGGAUAUGGAAUAGCAAUGGCUAAGGGAAUUGCAGUGAGAACUAAUGAAGGCGUAUUUGAAGUAAGAACCUUGCUGGAUCAUGCUAUUCUUCAGAUGAGAUAUGACUCCACCUUGGAACUAUUGCAGUCAAAAUGGUGGCCCAAGAAGUGCUAAAGAAUGGCAUAUCACUGACUCAAAAUUAUGAAGAGAAAACAAUGAUUGCAAGACUUACAGCAACUUUAUGAUUAGAAUAAGAAAAAAUAAACUUUAUACCUUUAAAAAUGAAUAAAUAUUGGUUCAAGAUCUUUA